GUUCGAGGCCUUCUUCUGCCGGAAGCCGCCCCUCACCGUCGUCCCUUUUGUCCAGGAGGGGAUGAUGCGCGUGAAGCGGGCCACCUAGGCGGACGUCCAAUCGGCGCGGUGCUUCUACCUGCACGGCGCCAACAACCACUCGACGUCUACCGCCGUCGUUCUUCGCGCUGACACCGGUCGCCUCGCCCUCACCAACAACUUCGUGUGGGUCAACCGCCGGGCAGGAGCACCGGCGCCGGUGCCGGGCAUCGGGGGGGAUUCUUCGGUCACCGCGGCGCCCUCGCCGGCCGCCGCCGUACCUGCGGCCGAUGCCGCACCGCCGCCGCCCCCGCCAACAAGGACGUACACGUACACCCCGCCUGCACCAGCAACCACCGCACCGCCGCCGUCCGCUUCCCCGCCGAUCUUCACAGGAUCCUCAGACCAGUCGCCGAUCUCUGUCGCCCCACCAUCAGCCCCACCGUCGACCGCAGCCACGCUGCCCCGAGCGCCCUCGGGCCUGCCGCCACCGCCGCCGCCGCCGCCCGCCAGCGCCGCCGCCCCCGCUCCUCCGCCCCCGCCGCUUUCGAAACGAGCCGUCAAGGAGUUGGGACGAGAGGACACGAGGGUUCACGGCCGCACACGCGGCGAUGGAGUGCGGUUCAUGGAUGAGCAACAAAAACCGCCGUCGCCACCCGGUGGCGGCACCGCUCUCCACCACCGCCUUGAGCUGUUGGACAUGAUGGACAAGGACACCCUCAUCUCGUCGCUCGCCACCCGGGAGGCCGUGGAUCAAGGACGCCGCGACCUACCGCCCCCGCCGCAGCCGGAUCCGAGUCCUGGAGGCCGUGGAAGCGGGGGGGCUGUGGGAGCUGGGGGGCCCGUGGAUUCCGGGGAGGGGGGGAGACCGCAGAUGUUCGCAUCGAUGUUCACCACCCGCGAGGAUGUGGACGCCGCUCUCCGCGCCGAGCGCCCGCUCGACAAGAUGCCGAACCUUCCUCACUGCCUCGUCAGCGACCUCCGAGUGCCGAAAACGUUCAAGGAGGCCAUGCGGUCUCAACAUUCAGAGUUGUGGGAUGAUGCAGACGGUCGAGAGUUUUUCGGUCUGUUGGAUGCAGGAACUUUUAGUCCGGUGUAG